UAACUAUCGAAAAUCCCUGAUUAAAUAGUGUGUAGACUUUGAUUAACUAGGAUCAUCCAUUCUGCCAUGGACUUUGACGAGUUUCGCGAGUUCGGUCAUGCCUCGAUUGAGUUUAUCAUUAACUACCUGAGCGGCAUUCGCGAGAGAAAUGUCCUGCCCAAUGCCGUUCCCUAUGCGGUGGUCAAUCAAUUGCCCAAGGAGAUUCCGGAGCAGCCGGAACACUGGCGGGAGGUGCUCAAGGAUCUGGAGAGCAUUAUCCUUCCAGGUUUGACACACUGGCAGUCACCGUACUUCAAUGCCUUCUAUCCAUCCUCCUCCUCGGCGGGAUCCAUUAUCGGUGAACUCUUGAUCGCGGGCAUCGGUGUCCUGGGAUUCAGUUGGAUCUGCAGUCCUGCUUGCACAGAACUGGAAGUGGUGGUCAUGGAUUGGUUGGCCAAAUUCUUGAAGCUUCCGGAGCACUUCCUACAUUCUAGUGAGGGACCCGGCGGCGGUGUGAUCCAGGGAUCUGCCAGCGAGGCAGUCCUGGUGGCUGUCCUUGCUGCCAGGGAGCAGGCGGUGAUUAACUACCGGGAGUCGCAUCCGGAGUUAAGUGAGAGCGAGGUGCGUGGUCGCUUGGUGGCCUACUCUUCGGAUCAGAGCAAUAGUUGCAUCGAGAAGGCUGGAGUCCUGGCUGCCAUGCCUAUUAGGCUUUUGCCCGCUGGAGAGGAUCUGGUACUCAGGGGAGAGACCCUGAAGCAGGCCAUUGAACAGGAUGUGGCUUCGGGUAGGAUUCCUGUCAUCUGCAUUGCAACUCUGGGCACCACAGGAACCUGUGCCUACGACGAUAUCGAAACCUUGUCCACAGUCUGCGAGGAGCACAAGGUUUGGCUACAUGUCGACGCUGCCUAUGCCGGUGGUGCCUUUGCCCUGGAGGAAUGUUCCGAUCUCCGAAAGGGUUUGGAUCGUGUCGACUCGCUGAACUUCAACCUGCACAAGUUCAUGCUGGUGAACUUCGACUGCUCGGCCAUGUGGCUGCGGGACGCCAACAAGGUGGUGGACAGCUUCAAUGUGGACCGCAUUUAUCUGAAGCACAAGCACGAGGGUCAGUCACAGAUUCCCGACUUCAGACACUGGCAAAUCCCGCUGGGUCGCCGCUUCCGCGCCCUCAAGGUUUGGAUCACGUUCCGCACUCUGGGAGCAGAGGGCUUGAGGAAUCAUGUGCGCAAGCACAUUGAGCUGGCCAAACAGUUUGAGGAGCUGGUGACCAAGGACCCUCGUUUCGAGUUGGUGGCUCCUCGAGCCCUCGGCUUGGUCUGCUUCCGUCCGAGGGGCGAUAAUGAGAUUACAGCCCAGCUCCUGCAUAGGCUCAUGGAGCAAAAGAUCUACAUGGUUAAGGCGGAGCAUGCCGGUCGCCAGUUCCUCAGGUUCGUUGUGUGCGGCAUGGACUCGAAGCCCUCCGAUAUUGAGUUUGCCUGGACGGAGAUCGAGUCUCAGCUGACGGCCCUGCUGGCAGAGCAAUCUUUGGCCGCUCGAAAGGCAGGAAAUGUGGCCGAUCUGACGCAACACUUCAAAAUCCAUCUUAACGAUCAUGAGAAGUCUCAAUGA